AAAAAAAAAAAAAAAAAAAAAAAUAACUCGCGAUAACCUGAUCCUCUUCAUAAUGAUAACCGCUUUUAUCAUUUCUUUUUUUUUUUUGUUUGUUUCCUCCGUUAUUUGACCGGUCACGCGAACACGUCCCGAGAUUGCGACUAAUUCCGUUUCGUUUUUACUUUUCUUUUUAUAGACGUCAAGAAGAUCAAGAUAGAAACUGAUCUGGAGGAUCUUUGCUCGGUGGUGAUGGAAGAAGCGAAGGAUUUCGAUUACGAGGAAGAGAAGCCGCUCGGUUCGAGGAGACGUAGGGCCGCCGCUAUUCGAGACAUUGAAAGGCACACGUGCUCUAGAUGCUCCAAAAGCUAUAUACACGCCUGGCAUUUAAAAAGACACACCAAGUUCGAGUGCGGACAAGAGCCGAGAGUUCAGUGCCCUUACUGUGCCGCGCGAAUGAAACAGCGUGGCCACGUUUAUAGACACAUUCGUCAGUGUCAUCGUGGACAAAACGUGUACGUGAUCGAUCUGAAUUAACACUUUGCGGACGCGUGCCUGUGGACGAUAGCAGCACAAACAUUUUACCGUUCAGGAUGCAUGUUUUACGGACAGCAGCCCAAUUAAUUUUACCGUUCGCCAUUCGGAUCUGUGCACUAUUCAGAUUUUGAAUGUUUAGCCUGCAAACAUAGUCGUGUGCUCUCAACUAUCUAUUGACGUUUCUUUGUAGUUAAAUUUUAUAUAGGAGUGUGAUUUCUUCUAUCUGGUUGCGUACACUCGUGCACGAGAUGACUGCAGUCUUUCGAAGCGACACAGUCCUGAUAUUCCAAUAGUUUGUUCACCUGCUGUAAUAACAUGUAAGAGAAGCAAGAGGGAUAUUGCAUUUUGCGAUACCAGCAGUGAUACGAUGAUGAUUUUUACAUUGAAUCAAGUGACACUGAUGAAAAUACGCGUGUUUACGUAGUGUAUAAUUUAUAAGUGUUACAAUCGAAUCUUCAAGCGUACGUACAGUGACUCUUAUUAAUAUUCGGACGUCGUGCUAUUCAAAAUAUUGUUGUGGAUUUCGAU